CGACAUACGCUUUACGCUGAAGUUUUCGUGGUUUUCGAUAAUUUUGUCCAAUGAACGGUAAUUCGUAUGGAUACACGAUUUCGCACAGAUCCAUCUUUAUGAGCACAGUAAGACGUACCUUGCGUCAUAUAUAGCUAUCAGUUAGAGGCAAAAUAAGUCUGCCGAGUCACUGUUGACGCUGUGCAUUCCACAGGGCGUGACUCAAUCCGAUGUCUGUAUAAACAUUAGAACUGUUUGACACGGUAGAAUCAGAAUUUCUUAUCAGUCAGUUGUUACCAUCGGCCACAGACCGAUUUGCAAUGGUUGGAAUCGUACAAAUGAUGUUACGGAAAAGUGGCUUGCCAGUAAACGGACCGGUGAAAAUGCUCUUACGCGUUCCAGCAACGAACUAUUUAUACAGGCAGAACAGGAAUGUGAAGAAAUGGUUCCCAGAUCCAGACUACAUGAAACAGUUUGAAAAUCCUGUUAUGUAUCCAAAUGAAGACACAGCUAAAUGGAAAAUGCCACCUUACAAUAGUAAAAUAGCUCCAGUGGAGAAGACAGUGCAGAAUAUGACUCUCAAUUUUGGUCCUCAGCAUCCUGCAGCACAUGGCGUACUUCGACUAGUGCUCGAGUUGGAUGGAGAGACUGUGAUGCGAGCAGAUCCUCAUAUUGGUUUAUUACACCGUGGAACUGAGAAAUUAAUUGAAUACAAGACAUACAUGCAGGCUUUACCAUACUUUGAUCGACUAGACUAUGUUUCAACAAUGUGCAAUGAGCAAUGUUACGCUUUAGCUGUGGAGAAGCUGUUGAAUAUUGAAGUACCAAGGAGAGCUAAAUACAUAAGAGAGAUAACUCGCCUUCUGAAUCAUAUUGUAGCCACAGCUUCCCACAUGCUUGAUGUUGGAGCAAUGACACCACUCUUCUGGCUCUUUGAAGAGAGAGAAAAGAUGAUGGAAUUUUACGAAAGAGUAUCAGGGGCAAGAUUGCAUGCUGCUUACAUUCGACCUGGUGGAGUCCAUCAGGACAUCCCCUUUGGUCUUUUGGAUGAUAUAUAUGAAUUUGUUAGCAAAUUUUCAGAGCGUCUGGAUGAAGUUGAAGAUAUUAUUACAACUAAUCGCAUAUGGAUAAAAAGAACUAAAGACAUUGGAGUAGUUUCAGCUGAAGAUGCUCUUAAUUAUGGAUUCAGUGGAGUGAUGCUAAGAGGAUCUGGCAUUAAGUGGGACCUACGCAAGACACAGCCAUAUGAUGCUUAUGAUGAGGUUGAAUUUGAUGUACCUAUUGGAACAAAUGGGGACUGCUAUGACAGAUAUUUAUGUCGUUUUGAGGAAAUGAGACAGUCUGUUAGAAUCAUUGAGCAGUGUCUAAACAAAAUGCCUCCUGGUGAAGUUAAGACAGAUGACAUGAAAAUAACUCCUCCUUCACGGGCAGAAAUGAAGCUGCAAAUUGUGUUACAGACAUCAAUGGAGGCAUUAAUCCAUCACUUCAAGUUAUUUACACAAGGCUGUCAUGUGCCACCAGGUGCUACCUACACAGCAGUGGAAGCUCCAAAAGGAGAAUUUGGUAUUUACAUUAUUUCUGAUGGCAGUUCCAAACCAUAUCGCUGCAAAAUCAAAGCACCAGGUUUUGCUCAUCUUGCAGCCAUUGACAAAAUUAGCAGAAGACUUAUGUUAGCUGAUGUUGUGGCUGUCCUAGGUACACUGGAUUUAGUGUUUGGUGAGAUUGAUCGCUAGACAGAAUCAAAGAAAAGAAAAAUAUGAAGAAAUAAAAUAUAGUUUUGAUGACAUAGAAGAUAUCUGAAAUAAACUCUGUUUAUAAGAAGUAUAACAAUAUUUUUCUCAGAUUUUAGUAAUUAUUAAAUUAAUAACAUCACUAUGCAUAAUUAAUAUAAUGAAUAUUAUGGAAUUGUUGGUGACAUCUCAUACUUGGCCCUGUAUCUAUUAUAGAGCCUGUACAUUAUUCAUAUGAAUGUUUUAUGGUUCAUCCAAUAAAAUGUACUCAUUAAUCAUACAAUUUAAGCUUUCAUGACUGGUACUGACACUGCUUACACCUUCUGCACUAAUAGGCCGUGAUCAAUGUAUAAAACUUUCUCCUAACAUUUCCUCUCUGACAGCAGGAGACAUCUCUAGAGGUAAAGUAGCAAACUACAACCAGAACUUAAGGGAGCGCCAAAUAUAUGGGCACUGCAGAGGGCACCACAGUCUAUCAUGGGACGUUGGCUACCAGGUUAGCUAUGGUACUGAAAGCAAUUGAUCAUCAUUCUUAGGUUGCGAUGUUGACAUCAUUAAAUAAAAUUCACUGAGACAAGUGUCAUAUUGAAAACAUCACAUUAUCCAGCCUGUAUCUAUAGAGAGGGUAUUGAGAUUUAUAAACACCACAAUAAUUUUAGCAGGAAAGAGGAAAGUGUUAAAUUAGAUAAAAUUUGGUUAUCAACAUUGCAAUGGAAUAAUAGUGAUCGAGUAAUUCCAGUUUUUAAUUGAUGGUAGUAUCACAGAUAAUCUUGUAGCCGACGUCUCAUAAUACACUGCCCAUACAUUCACCGCUCCCUCAAUUUCUGGUUGCAGUUUGCCACUUUUCCCUCUAAAGAUGUCUCCCGCAUUCAGAGAGGAAAUGUUAGCAGAAAGUUUUAUACAUUAACCACGGCCUAUUAGGCUGGAAGAUUUAAGUGGUGUGUGUACAUGUUAACUUACAACAGGAAUGCAAAAGUGAUGUGCUGACAAUGACCAAUGAAAAAGACUGAACUUCUCUUUUGGCUACAUGAAACAUGCAUUUGACAGUUGGACUAUGUAUUCCAAAACAGGUAAUGCUUUAGCACAGUGGUUGCUAAACUGUGUACUGUGGCACUUUGGUGUACCUUGGCUGUAAUGUAAGGGUGUCAGGAAAAUAUUCUAAAAUUAUAUGCUCUCUGCAACAGUGAUGAAUUGA